AUGUUCGAGAGCGACACCGCACAUGCAGUCCAUGUCGAUUUCUUCCACCGAAGUAUUGUUCCCGGUUCAUUGCAAACAGUCGUCAUUUCCAUCCCACACCGUCACGCCUUGGACGCCGUGACGCGCAUGAACGUCUUUUUCCGGGAAUCGGCGACGAACGUCGUGGACCUCGAGAUACGCUGGCCGAAGGCCGUCGCUAUAUGGCCGGCAGACAAGACAUGUCCUGAAGAUGACUUGUACGCGACCUGGAAGCUGCUCGGGGAGAUCAUAGGGUGGUGCGGCAAGCUCGAAACCCUCCGUUUCCGAGCUCCGGAUACGAAGACGUCAAACGAGGAAGCGAGUGGAUUCCUAGCCAGCUUUGGCACGUUUGAGACCAUACUCGCUGCCGUACCACCCACUAUACGCGAAGUUACGGUCCAGCUCGGUUACUCCAUCAAUGUGCCGGCGAACGUGGGCGCUUGGAGGCCCGGAUACCAGUGCUGGGACUUGAGCGCGCUCGACACGAUCUUCGCGCGGGAGCGAUAUGGCGCAUUGCGUCGGGUGACGAUAGAGAUCGAGCAGGCGAGGCUGCUCGAGCUUUUUGGGGAGAUGGAGGCGAUUAUUAUGUCGUCGCUACCGAAGCUUCGAGCUGCUGGCGUACUUCGCGUUGUUGACAACUUUGGGUAA